CUUAGCUGGCUAGUUAGCUUAGCUUGUUAGCUGCUAACAGAAGACACAGAAGUUAUCAACACAUCGCUAAGUAGAGAUCAAGUGUGAGAGUAAAGUGUUGUGAUUGUGUGAAAAUGUCUACAUUACAAAUGUUGAGAGCGUUGGUGGAUCAGCGACUAACUGCUGCUGUUGAAGAAAUAUUUGUAGUGUUAGAAAGAACGAUAGCAGAAUACCAGGCGGAACUUUCUAGAACAAAAGAGGAUUACAAUCAACUACUGGACGCUGUUUUCAAGAAACAUCAAGUUGUGUUACACAGAACAGACGUCCAGCAGGUGUCAGCAGAGAGUCAUGAAGAGAUUCCCUCCAAGCAGCAGGAGUGGAGCUCCAGUGUGGGACAGAAGGAGCUACAAGCCCCCUCCCACAUUAAAGAAGAAGAGGAGGAACUGUGGAAGCAGCUUCAAAGGUUGGUGGAGGAUAAUGAUGAAUAUGAAGCUCAGUCCUUACAGCUUCAUCACAGUCAAAGUGAGGAGAACAGAGGGGCGGAGCUUGUAAGUCAACACAUCACAGAAGCUGAUGGAGAGCAUUGUGAAGAUAUAAAGUCGGAUCCAGACAGCAUCUUUGCUCCACUGUCAGACAUGGACCACAUGAUGUCACACUCUUCUGAUCACAGUGACCACAUCCAAAAACCUUUGGAGAGUAAAAACGACUCUAAAGGUGAUACGAGACAUCACACUAACAACAAACACUUUGACUGCUCUGAAUGUGGGAAAUCAUUUAGACACAAGAGUAAUUUUACAGUACACAUGAGAAUACAUACUGGAGAGAAACCUUUUACUUGCUCUGUUUGUAAGAAGAGUUUCUCCACAAAGCGUAACAUGACCACACACAUGAGAACACAUACUGGAGAGAAACCUUUUACUUGCUCUGUUUGUAAGAAGCGUUUCUCCACAAAGCAACACAUGAAGAUACACGUGGGAAAACACACUGGAGAGAAACCUUUUACUUGUUUUGUUUGUAAGAAGAGUUUCUCCACAAAGCGUAACAUGACCACACACAUGAGAACACAUACUGGAGAGAAACCUUUUACUUGCUCUGUUUGUAAGAAGAGUUUCUCCAGAAAGCUUGACAUGACCACACACAUGAGAACACACACUGGAGAGAAACCUUUUAUUUGCUCUGUUUGUAAGAAGAGUUUCUCCAUGAAGCUUGCCAUGACCAUACACAUGAGAAAACAUACUGGGGAGAAACCUUUUAUUUGCUCUGUUUGUAACAGGAGUUUCUCCAGAAAGUUUGACAUGACCACACACAUGAGAAUACAUACGGGAGAGAAACCUUUUACUUGCACUGUUUGUAAGAAUAGUUUCACUAUAAAGACUGUCAUGACCAGACACAUGAGAAUACAUACUAGAGAGAAACCUUUUACUUGCUCUGUUUGUAAAAAGAGUUUCUCCAGAAAGCCUAACAUGUCCACGCACAUGAGAACACAUACCGGAGAGAAACCUUUUACUUGCUCUGUAUGUAAGAAGACUUUCUCCAGAAAACAAAACUUGACAGCACACAUGAGAACACACACUGGAGAGAAACCGUUCAGAUGAACUGUGUGUGAUAAGAUGUUCCGGGUUAAGUAUAAAGUCAGUAAACACAAGUGUGUAACAGUCACGGAAGCUGCAGGAAUUUAAAAACACUUAAACAGUGAUUGUGCAAAAUUUACUUUAUGAACACAGCAUGGUUAAUAUGAACGUAUAUUUGAUGUUGUAUGUAAUGCUUCUCAUCUUCUACUGUUAUAUGUUGUCCUGGAAUUACUUUUUAAAGGCCUACUGUAAUGAGAUUUUCUUAUUUAAACGGGGAUAGCAGGUC